AUGCUUAUAUUCAUCGUAUUGUCUGUAGGUUUCAUUGCUGGUGCCAAUUGCAAUGGCGGCUAUUGCCACGAAAUGCUGCAAAAUGAGAAAAUAGAAAACAUUAAAUGGUCAUUUUUAAAAGAUUGCCUGCAUACGAUUGGUGGCGAUUCGAUUUCCCAACAAAUGAGUGAAAAUAUAUGGCGUUUGAUAAAAUUGGCCUUUGAUGGCAUUGAAAAUAUACCCCUCGAUGCCUAUAGAUCCAUGAGUUAUUCCUUGACUGUCAUACCAGCGGAUGAUUUACGCAAUAUUAGCUUGGAAAAUAUAGACAUGGUUGAAGUUUUCGGUGCUAUAAGAAGCACCAAACUUUUGCGGGAGUUUCAAAAAGGCUUUAAUGAUGAACAAUUGAGUGUCCUUGCCCGUAAGCUACGCACGGAAUGGUUGGGAAAAAACCCCUUGACAUAUUCCGAAUACGAUUUAAGAGCAAUGGGUGAAAUGUUAUGCUAUCUCAAUGUUACGGAUAUAGAAAAUAUACAUUCAGAUGCUUUUAGAGAAGCCGCUGAAUGGAUAGGCCUAAUAGAAAAUUGCCCUGAAGAUCGUUUACAGGCUUUGGCCAAGUUGGCACUUAGACCAGAUGCAUUUGGACAGUCACAUAAAUGGUCGAAAUUAGAGGUCAGCAUUAUAGGCAAUAUUUUGAACGGUCUGCCUCUCAACGAGAUAAAUGCCAUUUCCAAAGAUAAACUGCAAUUGAAUCAUUUCUACAAGCCCAAAGGCAAACAUCAGCAAAACCAAUCAACGAAGAAGAAAUUAAGCCAUGAUUCUACAAAGCCACAUGAGUUGAAUGCUUCAAUGGUGUCAUCAUUAACAACAGCGAUAUCAAUGACACAUAAUGCAGAAAAUAAAACUCAGAGUUUUGAUUUAUCCUAAAUCAUUGAUGUGUUAGUCUUUAUAUUUGCACUUAAAAAAUAACUAAGAAAUUUGCACAUUUUUCAUUAAUUGUUUUGUUAGUUUUUGUUUUUAA